UUUUUUUUUUUUUUUCACCACCGUAUCAAAUUUAUUAUUCCAAUGGCACUAACACAGCUGGAGUUGCUCAUGGUCACACCACACAGGACUCCCUGCCUUCUAGAAAUUACCUACCUGCACCUCAUGGACUUCUUAACAUUUCAAGAUGAGAGAUGAAGGAGAUUAAGUUGAAAUUAGACAGAAGUCUUUUCUGGACCACAGAGCUGAGCUGCUUUUCCUCUUUGCAAAUCCAAGGGACUUAACAGGAUUUUUUCAUUCUCAAUGUCCCCACCCCUGCCUUGACCUUCACACCUUCCCAACAUUAGGGAAAGGCAGGAAGUUUUCCUUGUGGGUUUGUUUAUGAUGACAUGAUGGGACAGGUUGAUCAAUGGGGAAAACCCCAUGUAGAACACGCCUUCAGUGUAUGUUCCUAAUAUAAGAAGAGCUCCAUCCUGGGCUGCUAUCAGAACAUAACAGCACUUCCAAGGCACUGGGUACCCAACUGAGAAGAUCUACUCUUUGAGCUGAAAAUGAUGUGCAGUUGGAAGAGUUUUCUCCUGGCUGCCUCCGUGACAGUGCUUCUACUCCACUUCGGUGGUGAAACAGAAGCAGCAAGCAACUUUGACUGCUGUCUCCGAUAUACAGAAAAUGUCAUUCAUCCCAGAUACAUUGUGGGCUUCACACAGCAACUGGCCAAUGAAGCUUGUGACAUCAAUGCCAUCAUCUUUCAUACAAAAAGAAAAUUAGCCGUGUGUGCAGAUCCAAAGCGGAUUUGGGUGAAACAAGCCGUGCGUAUUCUCAGCCAAAGAGUCAAAAAGAUGUAAAAAAAAGAAUGCUUUUCUGGAAUGGAAUUGGACACAGCCCAAGAACAAAAGGAACCUAUCUGGGGUUGGAGAUUUCUUCUGCACCUCAUUGAGGGUUUAGCACUUACCCAAUUUGUGCCUCCUCGGACUUGUCCAAUUAAUGAAAUUGAUUCAUAUUGCAUCAUGGUUUGCUUAGUUUAAGCACCCUCUUAAAGUUAAACUCUAUUUUGUGUUAAAUUAUUUAUAGCUGUAUGUUUUCUGUGUUGGCUAUUUCAUAUGAAUUUCCUAUAAGCUACUUAGCUUAGUAUAAGAUAUAAAAUUAUGUUUUAGGGAAUAACCUUAUGUGGGCUUUUUGGCAAGGAACAGCUAUUUUUUUUAAACCUAUUUAACAUUCUUCUGUUUAUAUAGUUUUAUGUCUUAAAUUGUUGUAAUUAUCUUAUAAAAGAUAAAAAUAAUGAUGAAACAAAUAUUGAAAAUAAA